ACAUUAUGUCUGGACGCAAGUGAUAUCAUCGUCGUCCAUGAACCAAGAAACAACUAUAUAAACCCCAAUGGGCGUCCCUUGAUCAGGACUUGUAUGUUCGCUACACCAUUGCCCAUCAAAUAACGCGACCGCGCCUCUGGCCUCUCCGAGCUAGCCAUGGUCAACUUGACGGGUCUCCUGGCCAGCGCAUGGGUUAUACCCUUGGCUUACGGAGCGAGCCAGUCAGUCAUAUCCAGUUCAACCGCUUCACGUCCGCAGUUUACCAUUCCUGCUUCUGCAGAUGUCGGUGCGCAGUUGAUCGCCAAUAUCGACGAUCCCCAGGCUGUCGACGCUCAGUCAGCCUGUCCAGGUUACAAAGCUUCAAACGUGCAGCAUAAUCUUCGAGGAUUCUCUGCCAGCUUACAGCUCGCUGGCAAGCCAUGCAACGCCUACGGCACGGAUGUUGACUCAUUAGCCUUGUCUGUGGAGUACCAGGACUCCGAUCGGUUGAAUAUACAGAUUCUUCCCACCUACGUCGAUGCCUCUAACGCUUCAUGGUACCUUCUUUCGGAGACACUGGUGCCUAGACCCAAGGCUUCCUCGAAUGCAUCUGUCUCACAGAGUGACUUUCUCGUAUCGUGGUCAAACGAACCUUCCUUCAACUUUAAGGUGGUCCGGAAGGCUACGGGUGAUGUGCUCUUUGACACAGAAGGAACCGUGUUAGUAUAUGAAGAUCAAUUCAUCGAGUUCGUGACAACCCUGCCUGAUGAAUACAACUUGUAUGGCCUGGGAGAGCACAUCACACAGCUUCGUCUCCAUAGGAAUUCCAACCUCACCAUAUAUGCCUCGGAUGAUGGAACCCCUCUUGACAGUAACAUCUACGGUCAACACCCAUUCUAUCUGGAUACGAGAUAUUACAAGGCGGAUGGGCAGAAUGGGACUUAUAUUCCGGUCAAGAGCAGCGAGGCUGAUGCAUCGCAAGAAUAUGUUUCCGCUUCCCACGGUGUAUUUCUAAGGAAUGCCCAUGGUUUGGAGAUACUCCUCCGGUCCCAGAAAUUGAUAUGGCGGACCCUAGGUGGAGGGGUUGAUCUGACCUUUUACUCGGGCCCAACUCAGGCCGAUGUCACCAGACAAUAUCUGACCAGCACUGUGGGACUACCGGCCAUGCAGCAAUACAGUACUCUUGGAUUUCACCAAUGCCGUUGGGGCUACAACAACUGGUCCGAACUCGCCGACGUUGUCGCUAACUUUGAGAAGUUUGAGAUUCCCUUGGAAUACAUCUGGACUGACAUUGACUAUAUGAAUGGGUAUCGCAAUUUUGAGAACGAUCCGAAUCGAUUUUCCUACAGCGAAGGCGAGGAGUUUCUGAGCGAUCUACAUGAUAGCGGACGUUACUAUGUGCCCAUCGUCGACUCGGCGCUCUACAUUCCCAAUCCGGAAAAUGCGUCUGAUGCAUACCCUACUUAUGACCGAGGCGCUGCGGAUGACGUUUUCCUCAAAAACCCCGAUGGGAGCCUCUACAUUGGGGCUGUCUGGCCUGGAUACACCGUCUUCCCUGAUUGGCAUCAUCCUAAGGCGGUCGAGUAUUGGACGAAUGAGCUCGUCAUCUGGUCAAAGAAAGUGGCGUUCGAUGGGGUGUGGUAUGACAUGUCUGAAGUAUCCUCCUUCUGUGUAGGAAGCUGCGGGAGCGGGAACCUGACUCUGAAUCCCGCCCACCCACCGUUUCUGCUGCCAGGUGAACCGGGCGAUAUCAUAUAUGAUUACCCGGAGGCUUUCAAUAUUACCAAUAGUACCGAGGCAGCGUCCGCCUCGGCAGGCGCUGCUAGUCAGGCCGCGGCAACCGCGAUAACCACAUCAACUUCGGUAUCAUACCUGCGGACGACGCCGACGCCUGGUGUCCGUAAUGUGGAGCAUCCGCCCUAUGUGAUCAAUCAUGAUCAGGAAGGCCAUGACCUUAGCGUCCAUGCGGUCUCACCAAAUGCGACCCAUGUCGAUGGCGUCGAGGACUAUGAUGUGCACAGCACUUUUGGCCACCAGGGGCUAAACGCUACCUACCAAGCUUUGCUCGAAGUCUGGUCGCACAAGCGGCGGCCAUUCAUCAUUGGCCGCUCAACUUUUGCUGGCUCGGGGAAAUGGGCGGGCCACUGGGGCGGCGACAACUAUUCCAAGUGGUGGUCCAUGUACUACUCCAUCUCGCAAGCUCUCCAGUUCCAACUGUUCGGCAUUCCGAUGAUUGGUGCCGACACCUGCGGAUUCACCGGAAACAGUGAUGAGGAGCUCUGCAAUCGCUGGAUGCAACUGUCGGCAUUCUUCCCAUUCUACCGCAACCACAAUGAGCUCUCUACCAUCCCACAGGAGCCUUAUCGGUGGGCCUCUGUUAUUGACGCAAGUAAAACUGCGAUGCGGAUACGUUACGCUAUACUGCCAUAUAUCUAUACGUUGCUUGACCUAGCCCACAGCACUGGAUCUACCGUCAUGCGUGCGCUUGCUUGGGAGUUCCCCAACGAUCCCACCCUAGCUUCUAUUGAGACUCAAUUCCUACUCGGCCCUUCCAUCAUGGUGAUCCCGGUCCUCGAGCCUCUGGCUAGUACUGUCAAGGGUGUAUUUCCAGGGGUCGGACAUGGUGAAGUAUGGUAUGAUUGGUACACACAAACUGCAGUUGAUGCCAAGCCCGGGGUUAACACGACCAUUGCGGCGCCACUGGGCCAUAUUCCGGUGUAUGUACGGGGCGGCAGCAUCCUGCCGAUGCAGGAACCGGCAUUGACUACGCGUGAGGCCCGGAAAACUCCAUGGGCUUUGCUGACCGCACUGGGAAGUAAUGGAACCGCGUCGGGGCAACUCUACCUUGAUGAUGGGGAGAGCAUCAGCCCGAAUGCCACGCUUCAUGUCGAUUUCACAGUAUCACAGUCGAGCCUGCGGUCAUCAGCACGGGGGAGAUGGCAAGAGCGCAAUCCGCUUGCAAAUGUGACAGUGCUUGGCGUGAGCCAGGAGCCCUCUGCGGUAACUCUGAAUGGGCAGAGGGUGUCGGCAGGAUCGGUCAAAUAUAACGCAACAUCACAAGUCCUGUUUGUUGGAGGCCUGCAGAACCUGACGGCAGGUGGAGCAUGGGCGAAGAACUGGGUGUUGGAAUGGUAGGUGGUGUCAGCCACGGGCCGAUUGCGCAUGAACCACAUGCAAUAUGCGAAUCAUUCUCAGCAAGAUAGCUUUCUGUGUAGAAUUAAGUUUCCUAUCAGCUUUUAUCCACUUCACCGCCAGCCUAGGUCAUCUUGCGUGGCUAUUUUCAGUAACCGGAUACGACGACGCCGGCCGAUGUCUCACACUUGGCCUCCGAUGUCUCAUCGUGGCCUCGAUGGUGGUACAACUGCCAAGGCGGCGACGGGGCCCCGAGGGUGAAGUGGCCAGUGGGUGGCCUGUCAGCCUGAGACUGUCAGCUGGCAGUAUGGGCCCGUGAUCGCCAGGGUCCAAUGGCUUUGUCCGCCUCCUCGUCGGUCCGGUUCAUGAUGGAACUGGAAGACUUCCAUCCAUCUCCUUCCAGCUGGCGGUUGGGCACCCAUCCAACCAGCGGUCUAGAAUUCCCUCGGGGUCGGGAAUUUGCAGGCGAUC